ACGUGGAUAUGGAGGAUAGGAGAGAACACGAACGACGACGGUGACUGGUGUGUUGAAUUGUAAUUUGCUUUGUUCGUCUCAGGUGCCUAGAGGACUACAGUCUAGCUGAUCAAAAGUUGGAUUAUAGAGUAAAGGAUCUAAACGGAUCAACCAUGCCACAAGACGGGAGAUACAGCCGCAGGUCCCGAUCAAGAUCCAGGAAUAAGCGGAGUAGGAGACGAAGACACGGAUCAUCAAAAUCUUCAGGUUCUAGCUACUCCAGAUCUAGAUCUCGUACACCAGAGAAGCGGUACCGUGAUAAGGGCAGAUCUUCACGAAGGACCCCACCAAAGUAUCGUCGCUCUUCAAAACGGUCCCCUUCACAUGAAAAAAGGAGGCCAAGGUAUGACCGCCGAUCCCGCUCUGAGUCAUCAUCCCCCAGGCGACGGUCACUCGAAAAGAAAGAAUAUCUGGAUACCUCCAAGGUCCUGACAGGCAACUUCUCCAACAUCCCUGGACUUGAUUACAUAGGCCGAGGAGGAAAAGGUGAUAAUGAGUCUAGUCAGGAUCUUGAUUUACGUCUCAGAGAACUUGAGACCCAGGGAUCUGCUGGGUCAUCUCGAUCCAGAGCUGCAGAACAAGCAAAGAACUCUCAAAGAGACUACUUUGAGUCAAAGAGAGAAUCACAAGAAAGUUACAAAGAACGCAGUAGGUCACCGGCUGAGAAGAAGUAUGAGUCAUCAAGGUACUCCAAGGAAAGAGCUGUGUCUCCAGACAGCGAGAGGUAUAGGGAGCAAAAGGAUCAGAAACGACCCGAUUAUGGUAUCAGAGUCGAGGUAAAGAGAAAGCCGUCGCCAAAGAGAAGAAAGUUUGAUUCCAGCCUGGUGUUCAUACCUCGCAGGAAGGAUGAAGGUUUGCAGCCGAUAUUCGAUCGCCCAGAAAUCAUUGUCCGCACUUUGGAGGAUGAUCCUGAAAUGUACCCUGAGAAGUAUGAACGCUUUGCUUGUUGGAAGAAGUCUCCUGAGCGAAACCGAAAGAGGAAUGACCGGGAGUACAGCAGAGAGAGGGAGGAAAGACCAAGGAAGCAGAACAGACAUCACAAAGAUAGCAGGAGGUCUCCCAGUCCAGAGCCUCAGCAGCCAAGGCAGGCCACUGUCAUGAUGAAGCCAUUCACUGUUUAUGAGAAAUACGAACAAUCCUUGCGGAAUAAACCUGCACCUACUCCUGCAACACAGGAAGUGGAUAACUACUUGCAGCGCUCCCAGGACUUUGGUCUAUCCCAGAGCUCUCUCCCUCUGUCCGGGUCUACCAGCUUGUUUAGUUCUGGCUUGGGACUGGAUAACGUCCUUGAUGUAGGUAGCGAUCUGCGACUUGACCUGGAUGUGCGUCGGCAGUUCCUUGUGAGGGAAGCUGAAAAACAGCUGGAUUUGCAGCAACUCCAACCCUCCAUAUCCCCAACCCUAGGCCGGCUGACUGGGUCAGGAAUGUCCCUUGAUCGAAGAGAAAUUGCUUCGUCAGAAAGAAGACCAGUGAGGGAGCGGCUUGGUGAUCUGGAUAGAGGGGUACUAAAGUUGGACGGUGAAGUACCCGACUUUAGGAAAGAGGUCGAAGAGCUACAGAGACUGGAUCCUACUUCUCAGCCAAUUAGAGGAAAUUUCUUUCAGCAUGAUGAUCGUGAUCAGCCCUCGCUGGCCGAAGAAAAGCGAGGCAUAAGGCCGUCACCAAGGGGUCGAGGAAGCUAUGUGCCCCGCAGCUCAUACCGCGGAGCACGUGGUAUCGGCCGAGGUUAUCUUGGCCGUAACUUCAUCCCAAACUUCAGAGGUUAUUCUAGAGGUUUAAACAGCAGGUUUCCUUCACGUCGAGGAGGAUACAGCUCCUCCUGGAAACAUGACAAGUUUGAGGACAAGGACAGAGAGAACCGAGACAAGAGAGAGAAGAAAGAAAAGAAAUCAAAGUCUUCAACGUCAGAUAAGAAAAAGACCAAGAAGUCAUCAAAGAAGACUCCAGAAAGAUCCAAAUCUAAAAGAGAAAGCAAGAAAUAACUUCAGAACUCCAGCAACCUGCAGUUUUAUAAACUUGUGAGAGAUUUGAACCACUCAUCAAGCUUGUGAGAAAUGGAUUUACAUCUGGUUAUCACUUGGAAGAUUAUCAAAUUACAUUUGUACAUGUAGCAAUAGAAUAAUUGUAGACAUUGUUAUACAUAAACGUCUCUCGAUGCAUUUCAGGCCAUUUCUCAGAGUUAAGUGUGACUUUAAGUCAUGUUUGAAUGCAAAGGUACUAAGAAUCCUGCCAUGGCAGCCGGGUCCUUUCGCAAGGUGUAUAUACAUUUGUCACUAUCCACCCAGGUGUAGUAAAUACCCGGUAGGUGCUUCACAAAGCUGUUCUUAAGGUAAGAGCAACUUUAAGAACGAUUGGUGAUCCUUUCUUGUGUUAAUGGUAUACACCAACAUGUUCAUUGGCGAUGGUUUAGCGCAUAAGAAAGGAUCACCAGCCGUUCUUUAAGUCGCUGUUAACUUAUAAACAGCUUUAUGAAAUGGCCCACCGGAAGGAGGGAAUUCCUUGAAUGCUCGAGUCUGAUAAGGGUGCCUUGUUAAAGCCAGGAUACUAGUAUGCAGCAUUUUCAAACAUUACAUUAAGCACUAUAUAAAUGUUGCAUAAUUUAAACAUUAAUUCCCUGAACACAAAGGAGAUAAAUUGUGUCUAUUUCUUAAAGUGAAUAGUUGGAUAGAAUGCUUUUCAACCAGGUUUAUAUUAAGCAGGUACUCUGUGGUCCAACCCUUUUACUUUAUCUUUAGUUUUGUGAUUUACACAAAGCCACUCAAUGUGUUUACUGCAUUUCCAUUUCUGUGCUGCAGUACUUCCCGAUAAAUCCAAUCUUGUGAAUUCAACAAAAAAUGAUUUUGGCAAGUUUCGCCAUUUACAAAAAUACUAUCUUGGGAGUGUUUCAUGAAACAAAUAAUGAUUUUCACUGACAAAUCUGCUCUGAGCCAAUCAGAAGCAAGGAUUUCAGUAGCUUAUGACUUUAGGUCAAUUGAAUUCUCAGACUAUUAGUUUCAUGAAAUGCUCCCCAUAUCUGAAGAUGCUCCUGAAGGAGUCGAUAUAUUUCAAUACUUGUUUGCUUUAAUAUACCCUGCAUAUUCAUGACUUCAGAUUUGCUUUAAUUUCUACCAGUGGCCAUAUUCAGACCUAUAUUUUUCUUGACACUGGGCAAUCGGUUCUUUAAGAUUAUAAAUCAGAUACGGUAGUCCUGUGCCAAAUAUUAACUUAUAGUUCUUUAGUUAAAGGGGAAGUUCACCCUGAAGAAAAGUUUGUUGUAAGAAAUAGCAGAAAAAAUAUUUUAAAAAUAUUGGCCAAUGUUUGAGGGAAAUCCGUUAAAGAUAAAGAGUUAUUAGGAUUUUAGGUUUUGGAUUUGUGACGUCAUACACUAGCAGCUGCCCAUAUGUUGUAUGAUAUAAAAUGCAUGAAUUUCACUUUUUUGAUGGUUUCUGAUGACUUAUUUUUGUUUUCUAUUUACGAUCGAUUGUGAAAUGAUUUGUCUAUUAAUAUACAAAAGGUACAGUAAAAAUCAUUUUCAAUUUUCUGAGAAAUUUCAUUGAUUUUUUAACCAUUCGCUGUGUAGGAAUGCUGCUCGCAUAUGACGUCACAAAUCAAAUAAUUGAAAGUAUAAGAACUUUUUAAUUCUUUGAUGGAUUUUUCUCAAACCUUUGCCAAUAUUUUUUAUUAAUUUUUUCUGCUAUUUUUAAAAUAAACUUUUUGCCAGGGUGAACUUCCCCUUUAAGGGGACAUUAAAGUUGAGAGAAAAUCUUAAUAGGACCCAUGUACGAUCAAUACUUGGUUUUUUCACACACAUUUGAUCAGCGUAAGAUUGAUUAUAUGUCACAGAGCACUAAUCAUCUUCAUUUUCUUGUAUGUAUAAUACACAGUUCAAUUCACUAUAAUUUUGCUGAUGUUUUUAUGUGUUGUAUGUUAUUCAUGUAUUCCUCUGUAGGGCUGAAUGAGGUCCUGUCAUUUUUGUUGUUUUUAAAGAAAAAAAAUGUACUGUUGAAUGCUCUUUGAUGCUUCGUUAUAUGAUUUCUUGUCUGAUAACCAACUCUGGCAUGGCUGAUAUGUUGCCAAGUUGGGGGUUCACCCCCCCCCCCUCAUUAUUUUUUGAAAACCUUUAUUUUUUUGCUUGUCAAUUUUUUUUUUACGAAUUGGCUUGUCAAAAUUUUCAUUCAAAUCAACCCCCCCUUCCAAAUAUCCUGCCUAGGUAGUGAAAGUAGCCCCUGAAAAAUAUUUUGCCUGGAAUCAAGACCAGGUGAGAAUUUCAUGAAAGGACUUGUCAGACGUUUUAUCUAACAAGUCCUGUUUUAUCCGACAGUAACUAUGGUAACAGUGCCUCUCAGCCAAUCAUAAUCAAGGAAACUUGUCAGACCUGACAACCUGUCUGACGAAAAUGUUGAUGAAACCCUCCCCUGAUACAAAAUUAUACAAUGUCUCUGUCAUCUGUAAGAGUUGUUUAUAUAGAGGGGAGGGUCUCCGAUAUUUAAAACCAAAGGAUUUAAAGCAGCGUCACCCAUGAGUGCAUAAUAUUUUUUCCCAGUAGAAUGUUUUCAUUUUUUUUACUGUAUAAAUUUGUAUGGGAAGUGUGAUAAAAGAUAUUCAGAGCUUUCAAAUUGUUUGCAUAUUUAGAUUUUUUUUUUUUAUAAGUCAAUUGCAUGGUUCUACUCUUCAAAUGCCCGUACUUUCAUAUUAUUCCCCCCCCCAAAAAAAAAACCCCAUGUAUUUCUUAAUUGUAUGCUUAACAGCACAGAGCCGAAGCUUAAGGGGAACCCCCCCCCCCCCACGUACAAGUGUUUAUGUUAUGUUUGAUAUGUUAUGAGCUCUUUAACAGUGUUAUAUAUUUUUUUAAGAAUGAUCUGCCUUGCUUGGUGAAUGUUCCCAAUAUUGAUGUCAUCUUUUAGGUACAUUUAUGCACUACCAGUAAUAUUGUUGUACAAAGAUUGUAAUGAUGCUUUAAUCUUCAUGUCCCUCAAAUGUAAACUGCUAUAGGACUUCCAUUUCUUAACAGAGGACUUGCCUAUAAAUUCAGAACUUUGUAUUUUUGAGACAUUGGAACACGAAAACCUUCCUAACGUAGCAAAAAGUAUUUGAUGAAAUUUUAAUAGUAUUGUAGUUCAUUCUCAUUUAAAUGGUUAAAAGUCUAAGUCCCUCAACAAAAAGUUUUCCCCUUUGAGAUCUUUGUCACUGUGUAAGUUUCUGGGGGGGUUGUGUUGUUUUUUUAGUAUCCAAAAAGAAAAACACUGUAUUUUAUUAUGUUUGGUGGUUUUUUGUCUCACCUGCAUAGCAGAGUGAGACUAUAGGCGCCGCUUUUCCGACGGCGGCGGCGGCGUCAACACCAAAUCUUAACCUGAGGUUAAGUUUUUGAAAUGACAGCAUAACUUAGAAAGUAUAUGGACCUAGUUCAUGAAACUUGGCCAUAAGGUUAAUCAAGUAUUACUGAACAUCCUGCCUGAGUUUCAUGUCACAUGACCAAGGUCAAAGGUCAUUUAGGGUCAAUGAACUUAGACCAUGUUGGGGGAAUCAACAUCAAAAUCUUAACCUAAGGUUAAGUUUUUGAAAUGUCAUCAUAACUUAGAAAAUAUAUGGACCUAGUUCAUGAAACUUAUACAUAAGGUUAAUCAAGUAUCACUGAACAUCCUGCAUGAGUUUCACGUCACAUGACCAAGGUCAAAGGUCAUUUAGGGUCAAUGAACUUUGGCCGAAUUGGGGGUAUCUGUUGAAUUACCAUCAUAACUUUGAAAGUUUAUGGAUCUGAUUCAUGAAACUUGGACAUAAUAGUAAUCAAGUAUUACUGAACAUCCCGUGCAAGUUUCAGGUCACAUGAUCAAGGUCAAAGGUCAUUUAGGGUCAAUGAACUUUGGCCAAAUUGGGGUAUUUGUUGAAUUACAGCCAUAAAUUUGAAAGUGUGUUGGUCUACGGUAGUUCAUAAAACUUGGACAUAAUAGUAAUCAAGUAUCACUGAACAUCCUGUGCGAGUUUCAGGUCACAUGAUCAAGGUCAAAGGUCAUGUAAGGUCAAAGAACUUUGGCCACGUUGGGGGUAUUUGUUGAAUUGCCAUCAUAUCUCUAUAAGUGUAUUGGUCUAGUUCAUAAAACGUGGAAAUAAGAGUAUCACUGAACAUCUUGUGCGAGUUAUAGUAGUUUUCAAAAUCAGCACUGCUGCUAUAUUGAAUCGCGUGAUGCAGGUGAGACGGCCAGAGGCAUUCCACUUGUUUUUAUAACUUUAGUAUGUAUUUUAUCAUCUGAAAUUUCAUGUGAGGGCUCUUAGAGAUACAUACCAAUAUGCAUCAUCUCUUUACUUUUAGAAUUCAAUGAAUUUUGAAAAGGAGCAUUCAUCCAAUCACUCUCACAACUGAAAUGAGUUAAAGAAUAAAAGCAACAUGUUUUUCAAAAUAAA